GAUUAACAAUUAUACGUCCAUAUAUCAUUUGGAAAAAAAAACUUGAUGUCCGAAAGCACGAUUUUAUGUCGUCUACAUUUUCGCUACAAAGAGGAUUUUCAUCCGCCGAGAACUUCUGUUUACAGUAUAGUCGCACAGCACUUCUCUGACCAGCUGAAAAUCAAAUCAUUAUGAUGUAAUGACAACACGAAAUGCACUUCACCGACUGUUUAAGAUAAACUCGCCACCUUAUCAAAUACACUCAUGUUUACACAGCCUUCGUAGAGCCUAGCUCUACGAGAUUCUCAAAAUCCACCAAACAUUAAGUAGAUUUCUAAACCCUUUCCUUACUUCAGUUAUUUGUCUGGCAGCUCAUUCUGCGAUUAUGCUUGAAACUUGUGACUGAGCUUUUAAAUUACGGUUCUCUGUUUUUGCAUAUCUUGAAAUGGCAUGCGCGUUUUAUGAUUUUCAAGUAUGAGGGAACUCGCGAACAUGACUCUGAUCGCAAGAUAUCAGAUAGCAGAGCCAUAAUUCCUAUCCACCGUACCCCUUGAAUAGAAACACAAUGGCGUUGUAAAGACAUGCCGGCUAUACACGCAGUAUUUGUUUUUAUUUUUGAAAGGGAGAUGAUUACAUUGCGCUCGCUCGAAUAAACAUAAUUAGGAAUAAAUCGCGUCAAAUUCCACGCAUGCCUUUGAUUGAACACGCUACGUUGGAUCCGACCUGCCGAUUGGUUCGUUCCGUAGCAAAGCGGCAAGGAAAUAGGUUCUGGGGUGGGCUUAAAACGACAUUGAACUUCACAGUCUGUCACAAGUACGACGAACGGUAUAUGCUCUGGAGCUCAACAAGAAACCAGGAAAAACAACGAUGAAGAUAUUUAACUCAAUAUGCAUCUCCUUGUUCUACGUGUUUUUAACGUGCAAAUGCUCUCCGCUUGCGAGUACCUCUCCCGAAAAAGGAUUGCAGAAGAGAAGAUUUCGACCGAAAUUAGAUUUGAGAUGCACCCCACGACUCGAGGGUGAAAUGAGAUUCUCUUCUGGCGAAGUUCAAGUUUGCAAAUCACGACAAUGGACGUCCCUGUCCAAUCUAAUAAACUCGGUUCCUGUAAAAAAGAGUAGUUUACCAAAGUCGUGUCUUGAUGCUAAACUACAAUAUGGAUAAGGGCAAGGAAAUGGUCUUUACUGGAUCAACCCCUCCGGGAAGGACGAUCUUGCUAAUGCAUAUGUUGUAUAUUGUGACAUGAAUGUCGCGGGGGGUGGUUGGACCCUUGUUGCAAAGAUCACCAAUGAUUAUGCGUGGAUAUGUCCCGAGCGUAAAGGAGCGAGUUGCUUUGGAUCGAACGCAGAUAAGUUGCGAGCGAAUUUGUUUCAUCCGUCACACGCGAGAGAUUAUGUUGACCUGAGGAUUUCUAGUGACGAGAACUCAGGAAUUCACCUGAAGAAGACGAUUACAAGAAAACUUUUUGAAGAUGGUCUUCAGUCAAUACGGUUCACGUUUGUGACUGCAGAUAACGGUUGGACUCAAGUGAAGAUGCGUAUGCCGCAUUUAAUAAAGAGAAAAAGAACAGUUUGUUUCUCACGGGAGGCUGGUCCGAGUACAGCACUCAACAAGGAGAUUAUACAUGGAACGUUAUCAAACAAGAGAGAAAAGAAUUCAAAUUUACAGAUAUUUUAUCCUGAGAUGUUGCACUUAUAAAUGGAAGAAUGAAAUAUAUGAUGGAUUACCACAAAACCACAGAAAUCUAAUCAAUCAAGGUAAAUUGUAUACAGUUUCAAAGCUUUUUUGAUUACAAGAAAGACUACUAUAAAUUAUAAAGUAGAAUGGAAUAUUUGUGUAAGAAUAUCACGCUUUAAACAUUGUCUUUCAUCAACUUUGGGGAACUUUCCCAUUAAUUAAAUUUUAAAAGGCAA